AUGGGAGCAGCUGAGGAUGUGUGGUGGGAGCAGCGUGGACCAAUUGUAAGCUCCUGGAGGCGGGAGAGGGGCGUGGCCCGGGCAGGAGAAGGAAAUGGCGGCGCGGGUGUCGGGCUUUGGAGCUCCCGCACAGAAAUGCCCCUCCUCCGUCUGGUCCCUCACCUCUGCCAGCUGUGUCCCCGAUGCCCUCCUUCUGCCAGGCCCCUCAGCUCCACUGUCUGCCUGAGGGCAAGACAGAGUAACUAUUAUGAGCUUCUGGGGAUCCGUCCAGAUGCCAGCAUGAAGGAAGUCAAACGGGCUUUUUUUGCCAAAUCCAAAGAGCUGCACCCUGACCGAGACCCAAAGAACCCUGCCCUCCACAACCAGUUUGUGGAGUUGAAUGAAGCCUACCGGGUUUUGAGCAAGGAAUCCAGCCGGCGAGACUAUGACAGCCGGCUCGACGUUCGGGGCUCCACGCCACCUCCCUAUCACACCUCCCAGUCUCCCUACCAGAGCUACCGCCCUGCCUCUGCCUCUGCCUCUGCCUCUGCCUCCGGCUCCAGCUCCUGGUCCUCAGCCGAUGCUCGGUACUGGGCCCAGUUCCACAGGGUGCGUCCCGAGGACUAUGGAGGCUCUCGGCAGAGGCAGCAGCGGCAGAACCAUCAAGUUCUGGGAUACUGCCUCCUGCUGAUGGUGGGAGGCAUGGUGAUGCACUACAUUGCCUUCAGCUGGAGCAGGUCCACCGAAGCUUUAUGGAUGAGAAGGACAGAGUUAUCAUGGCCAUCUACAACGAGAGCAGAAGCAGGGCCAGGGCGAACAGCGCCAGGCUCCAGCAGGAGAGACUGCAGAAGCCCCAGAGCCCCCAGCCGCACCCCGGGAAAUGACCUGCGACCCUUCUUCCCUUCCCGGCCCCCGGCCCCGGAGAGGGUGACAGGGGCCCGGUGCCCAUCUGGACCGUUGCUGCCCGUGUGCAAUAAAGUCAUUGUCAGUGGGUGUCUGACUCCUCCCUUGUGCCUCCGGUCUUCCCGCAGGCCUUGCCUUCGGCCAGGGUCCGGCUCUGGGCGCUGCCCCUUCGGCGGCCGGAGCCCUCUGGGCUUCUUCCCUCCCACGUGGGCGGUAGCCCCAGGCGUGAGCGAGAGCUGUCCACCCGGUCAGAGCCAGCAGACUGGGAGGGAGGGAGGGGGCGUGUGCAGCCCUAGGGGGAGCGGCCCGGGCUGGGGGUGCGGGCCGCGGGCAGCCCCGCGUGUCUGGGUCACAUGA